AUGCCGCUCCGCGAGCGUCUCGCGCGCUUCGGUGAUUCCCUUUCCGCCCCCGACAAGCCUUACCUCGACUAUUUCGCAAUCAGAUUGACAGUCGCCGAUGUCAGGUCGCUCAAAUAUGAGUGGCUCACUGAUAGCAUCAUCGGCUUUUGGCAAGAGUACCUCGAGCGCGAGACCCUCCCGCGAUACCCGGAAGCCAGAGUCUGCCUCCUCCGCCCCAGCGUGGCUAUUAUGCUCAAGUCAGAUAAGGUUGAUGAUACCGCCAUCGCCGGCAACCUUCCUGACCCGUCAAAAGUGACGCAUGUUUUCUUGCCCAUCAAUGACAACGAUAAACUGGGUGAACCCUCGGGAGGCACGCACUGGUCCCUGCUGCUUGUCUCCCUCAGAGACGGCAGAGCUUUUCACUACGACUCCUCAGGAGAGACCAACAGAAAACAUGCCAAUGACACCACUGUCAGGCUUGCCAGAGUUCUCCACCGCAAGCUCGACUUUGUUCACCUCGAAGACACCCCUAACCAGGGACAAACUUCUGACUGCGGUGUAUAUGUCUGCCUCUUGAUGCGCCACCUGCUCGUCAAGCGCCUGCUCAGCGCCAGCGCCCGCUCAAAAGUCAACAUGAGCAUGGGCGGCAAGGUGGUCGACAGCAGUGGCGGCCGCAAGGAAAUGCUCGGCAUCAUCGAGAAUCUGCGCAAAGAAGCCGAGCGUCGUCAUCGUAGACCGUGA